AUGGAAACCCUACUCAUCCUCUACAGCAUAGUAGCUGCUACGUUAGUAUAUCUCCUCUGGUUCCACCACCUAGCCCGUAAACUCACCGGUCCAAAAGUAUGGCCGGUUGUGGGUAGCCUUCCGCUUCUCUUCCUGAACCGGAGACGAUUUCAUGACUGGAUAGCCGGAAACCUCCGCUCAACUGGUGGUGCGGCCACAUACCAGACAUGUACCAUUGCCAUACCAUUCCUUGCUCGUAGACAAGGAUUUUAUACAGUCACAUGCCACCCGAGAAACCUCGAACACAUCCUCCGGACCCGGUUCGAUAAUUAUCCCAAAGGACCCGAAUGGCAGACUGCUUUUCAUGAUCUUCUAGGUCAAGGUAUAUUCAACAGUGAUGGCGAAACGUGGCUUAUACAACGUAAAACCGCGGCUCUCGAGUUCACAACAAGAACCCUCCGGCAAGCCCUGGCUAGGUGGGUGAGCCGGACCAUCAAGACACGGUUAUGGCUAAUCUUAGAGAAAGCCUCUUCAGAGCAUACAUCUGUAGAUUUACAAGACUUGUUGCUUCGAUUAACCUUCGAUAACAUAUGCGGACUCACAUUUGGCAAAGACCCAGAGACACUCUCGCUAAAAUUACCCGAAAACCCAUUUUCCAUUGCUUUUGAUUCAGCCACUGAAGCAACCCUGCAAAGAUUGUUGUACCCAGGUAUUCUAUGGAGGUUGAAAAAGAUUCUUGGCAUUGGAGCUGAAAUAAGACUGAGGAAGAGCCUCGAAGUUGUCGACAAGUACAUGACUGAAGCACUCACGGAACGUAAAGAAAGACCCUCAGACGAUCUUUUGUCUCGCUUUAUGAACAAGAGAGACGUUGAUGGAAACCUCUUCCCAAGCUCAGUUCUCAAACGCAUUGCUCUCAACUUUGUCCUCGCCGGCCGUGACACUUCAUCGGUGGCAAUGAGCUGGUUUUUCUGGCUCGUCAUGAACCACCCACGCGUCGAAGAAAAGAUCAUCAACGAAAUAUCUUCAGUUUUGCGAGAAACCCGCGGCGAAGAUCGACGAACAUGGAUUGAAGAACCACUCGUAUUCGACGAAGCCGAUAGGCUAGUUUAUCUGAAGGCGGCCCUAGCCGAAACCCUACGUCUGUAUCCGUCGGUGCCGGAGGACUUCAAGUAUGUCAUCUACGACGACGUUUUACCAGACGGAACACAUGUUCCGGCGGGUUCAACGGUGACAUAUUCAAUAUAUUCGGUGGGGAGGAUGAAGACUAUAUGGGGAGAGGAUUGCUUGGAGUUUAAACCAGAGAGGUGGCUCUCGACCGGUGGAGACCGGUUCGAACCACCCAAGGAUGGGUACAAGUUUGUGUCCUUCAAUGGUGGACCGAGGACUUGUUUAGGGAAGGACUUGGCCUACCUGCAAAUGAAGUCUGUGGUGUCGGCCGUACUGUUGCGUUACCGGCUAACCCUGGUUCCGGGUCACCGGGUCGAACAGAAGAUGUCUCUGACCCUGUUUAUGAAGCAUGGGCUCAAAGUGUACUUGCAUCCACGUGAGGUUGGAGGUACAAUAGCCGCCGUGUCUGCAUAG